CAGGUAUAUAAGUGCAUCCAGCAGGACUCGCUGACUAAACCUCAGCUCUGUCUGUGCGAGUCAUGCUUCAUCAGAGGAAGACGAUGUGGAGCCCUUUGGCUCUGUGGUUUUUGGUGGUCCGCUGCAUGUCUAUGCCAGAUGACCGCAACUUCUCCCCGACAUAUUCACCCGUUGACACCCUGCCACUUGAUCCUGGGGUGACACCAGGACCAACCCCUGACCUCUCCUACUGCCAGAUGCUGCUGGAGGCUCCAGUGCCGCCCCCUGCGGAUCAGGUGCCCUGGUUCUGUAUGUGCUCAACCUGCCCCAACAACAUGGGGCAGAAGGGAGAACGAGGAGACCGUGGCCUACCAGGAAUUCCAGGCUACCCUGGGCCAAGGGGGCUUAUGGGAGUCCGCGGCCCACAGGGGUUGACUGGUCGUCAGGGGUUAAAGGGUCAGAAAGGUGAAGAGGGAGUGAAAGGUGACCCAGGUGUAGUGGGACGCCAGGGCCCUAAGGGAGAACCUGGACCAAAAGGCGAUAAGGGUGAGCCUGGUGUGGAUGGGCCAGCAGGUGACCCAGGUCCGAAGGGGGAGGACGGUCAGUGCCCAGUCAACUGUGAGAGUGUGCAGGGGCCUCCUGGUGAGCCAGGUCUGCCAGGCCCUGCAGGUCCCCCUGGAAUACCUGGGCUUAAUGGCGAUCCAGGUGCAAGGGGUCUGAAGGGUGAUGCUGGAGUUACGGGUACCCCUGGCAUCCCCGGUACUCCUGGUCAGAAAGGAGAGCAGGGCUUAGAGGGCAACUGCAGCUGCCAUGAUGGAGCCAAGGGGAACACAGGACCUGUGGGGGCAAAGGGCGAAAAGGGGGAGGUGGGUGUGGCUGGACGUCAAGGGGUGCAAGGGAACACAGGGCCUAAAGGUGAUCAGGGUGAUAUGGGAAUGAUGGGAAUGCCUGGUCCAUGCAGCCCCACUAUCCAAUCAGCUUUCUGUGCUGCGAUGAAUACCGUGCUCCCGCCCCCCAACAUGCCAGUGGCCUUCACACGGGUCAUCUACAACUUGCAGCAGCACUAUAACCCAACCACUGGCAUCUACAUGGCGCCCAUUAAUGGCACCUAUGUCUUUAGCUACCACCUAGUGGCCUCCGGCCGCAUCCUCAAGGUUGGCCUGUUCUGGAACUUCCAGCCUGUGGUGAAGAGCACAGAGGUGAGCGACCUGGGCUCCACCUCUCAGCAGGUGACGCUGCACCUGAGUGAGGGAGACAGGGUGUGGCUGCAGGUGCGCGACACCAGCAGUAAUGGCUUGUACACCAGCAGUGAGUCCAGCAGCACCUUCAGCGGAUACCUGCUGUACCCAGACAGCUGCGACGAGAUAUCUGGCAAAGACUUCGUCCUGCCAGGGCCAGAGAUACAUGAGGAGUACAGCUGGGAGGGAAAUUGGCACACUUAGCCUUCAACCAUAAACACUAAUCAAUAAUAAUAAAAAUAAAUCUUAUAACUCCAACUCAUGGACCAACAGCAAAACUUCUCUAAAUCUCUAAAUACUAAACAAUAAACACAGAUACCAAAACACAAAACUCUAAACACUAAUGAACAUAAUAAUACAUAAAGACUAAUCCAAAAUGCCUACACUUUAUACCCUAAGCAAUAAUUGCCAGAACUUAAGCCAUAAACACUAAUCCCCAAAUCUUACACUAUAAACACCAGAGAAAACUCUAAGCAAUAGACCCUAAACUUAGCACUAAUCUCUUAACACUAAUCCCUAAACACUAAACUCUAUACUUUAAUCAUGAAACCCAUUUCUCAACACUAAUCCCCAAAUACUAAUCCCUAACCCUUUAAUCACUAAGCACUAAUUUCUCAACACUAAUCCCCAAAUACUAAUCCCUAAACUUUAAUUACUGAGCACUAAUAUCUUAACAAUAAUCUCUAACCACUAAACCCUAAACUUUAGUGACUAAGCACUCUUCUCUCAACACUAAACCCUAAAUAUGAAUCCGUAAACUUUAAUCACUAAACACAGAUUCUCUUAACACUAAUCCCCAAAUACGAAUCCCUAAACUUUAAUCACUAAGCACCCAUCUCUCAACUCUAAUCCCCAAAUACUAAUCCCUAAACUUUAAUCAAUAAGCACCCAUCUCUCAACUCUAAUCCCCAAAUACUAAUCCCUAAACUUUAAUCACUAAGCACCCAUCUCUUAAUACUAAUCCCUAAAAUCACUAUAUUUUAAAAAUUAAUCCAUUAACCCCAAAAACUAAACAUUAUAAACUAAUCCCUAAAUACUGAACACUAAAUUUUAAUUGCUAAACCUGAUGAACCUUAAUUUUAAUUCUUAAACAUUAAUCUCUUUGUGUCAGCACAAAAAUCUCUGAUUUUCUUUCCAAGUUUAAUGAUAAACUAAAGAUAAAACUCAACAAAUGAAGUUUGAUGUACCAGCGAGUGGAGUUCUGCAAAAAAAAUCAAUUAAAUAAUCUAAUGAGACAAAUUGAAUGUUUCACCCAAAAGUAAAAAGUGGGAGGUAUUUUAAUUAUAAUGCAAUGCAAUAGAAUCAUUUUUAAGUCUCCGUCAGAUGAAUGAAAUGAAAUGAGAUCGCCAUCAUUUUACUGCAAAUCUGCUGAAUUCAACUGACUAACGAUGGUGAUGGAAUUGCAGUGAAUGGAAUGAAUCCAAUUAAAUUUGAUCUUAAAUGGUGAUAUUGAACCAGUUUCUUCCUGUAGUUGAAUAGAAAAUAAAUAAACAGCAGCUUUACAUUAUGGUCUGCUUUAGAUUAAACUCAAUGUCACUGUUCUUCAGUUACAUUU